GAAGAGAACAAAAAGCUUAUUACUCAACCCACCUCCCCUCCUUGGUUCCAUGCUUUUCACAUAACCUAAGUUAUGAGAAUUGUAAUUUACAAGUUUGAAUAUUUCAUGAAAUUUUCUAAGAUGAGAACAAAGCAAAAAAAAACGGGAACAUGAUGAGCUAAGUAUCAAUUGUGCUGAAAUUCUCUUGAUAGAUUAGAUACUAGAGAAUGACAAAGAAGGGGAAAAACAUAUACAUCAUUACAUACUUAGCUGCCAUGCUGCAUGUCUAGCCUCUUCCAACAGAUUCAAUCUUGUGCAAAUACCAUAGUUCACCAAUGCAGGCUAAGUUUCAACAAGUGCACUUGUCGAUUAGAAACACAACGUGAGACGUCGUGAGUUCGUGACCUUGUCCCUACCAACAGCAUCGCCAAAAGGUAUUUACAUCAUCAAAUUUACGUCGGUAAGCUAGCCAACAUACACAAACCAAUAACACAGUUCCACUAGACAUGUGUCGCAUGCAUUUCAUGUAAUAUGCACAUACUAUUCACAAAUCUCAGCAAUUCACUAGCAUUUCUUCCUAAUGAUUAACCAGCCAGCAAUUCUUCUUAAGGCAAAUACCCAUGUGCUGCUAUGCUGGCUAAAUUUGUCAACCUUGCUGACGACAAGUUCCAUUUAAUGCAGGACCUCCGCACAGCAGUAGACAGUUUCGUAGCAAUUACUUGCAUAUUUCUUCCUUACCAAAAAAAUUAUAAACCGCUAACUUGUAGGAAUUACGCGGUAAGCAGACCAGCACAAUGACAUUGCACAUUAUUCCCACAACUAAUUUUGCCAAGCAAACAAGUGCGUUAAUGAACUACGCUUAACACUUAACAGCAGUAGAUAGAUGAGCAUAUUCAAUGGCUCAAAUUCAAUAACCACGCAUGAUAUACUUAGUGGUAUUUAUAUAGAAAACAAAAAGACAAAUCCAAAACAAUCAAUCUAACUACCAAACAAAGGUUACAACUCCCUUACAAACACCCGUGAUUCCCUUUAACAAAAUUAUCAAAGAAAUGAUGAAUUUCAAGCCAUAUAAUCUUCCAAAUUGCCUCUUCACAUGACUUUGUUUGUAGUGAAUAAAAAAUUAAAAAUUGAACAUAAAAAAAGAGCAUCAUCUAUUGUGAUAACAAUCGACCCCACCAACAUAAACUCACGGGCAUAUUACUGCAGAAAAUAUAAAGGAUUAUCUACAAGUUAUAAAAAGUUAUGCCUCUGAUUCUUCAAAUCAUGGACUACUUAAUGUUUCUGUAUUUCUAACUGCUGGGAUGUUCUCUCAUUAGAACCUUCUAUCCUACAUUACUAUCACUUCCCCCAUGUCUCAUCCCAUGGAUAUAAUGUCUAGCUCUCUAUUCUUUGUGAUUUUCUUCGGUCACAUUCUCGUUCUUAUGGCUCAAUCCACGACGGCGCCCAUCAGCUCUCGCAUCACUGUGGUAGGUGCUGUUUACUGCGAUACUUGCCUCAACGAUGGUUUUUCAAAACACAGCUACUUCAUCCCAGGUGCCGAUGUACACAUACAAUGCAAAUUCAAUGCAAAAUCGCCAAAAACCGCGGAGAUGAUAAACUUCUCAGUUAACAGAACAACAGACAUACAUGGAGUAUACAAGUUGGAAAUACCUUCUGUUGAUGGAAUAGAUUGUGUAGAUGGUCCUCCGAUCCAGUCAUUCUGUCAGGCGAGUUUGCUGGGAAGCCCAUCUUCAGCCUGCAAUGUUCCAGCCCUGAAAACUACAACAACUGAAGUAUCAGUCAAAUCCAGAAAAGAGAAUCUUUGUGUUUACAGCUUCACUUCUCUGAGUUACAAACCGAGAAAAAAGAAUGAUAAAUUGUGCAGGAAACCAGAAAAAGUAAAAGAAUCAUCAAAUUCUGAUAGUUCAUCCAAGUCCUUGCUUCCACAUGAUUUCCCUUUACCAAAUCAAAGAACUUCUAAAUCACAAGCUGCAAACUUGCAAUCUUUCCCUUUCCCAUUUUCGCCUCCCUCUUUACCUUUUCCAUUCCCAUUUUCAAGUCCGCCAUCUUUACCCUUUCCAUUCUCAAGUCCGCCAUCUUUACCCUUUCCAUUUUCAAGUCCAGCUCCAUCUUUACCCUUUCCAUUCCCUCCAGUUCCUUCCCUCUUUCAACCGCCACCUCCACCAUCCUUUAGUCUAGGAGACCCAAGAACAUGGAUACCUCACAUCCCACUUACAUCUCCACCACCACCUGUAUUUGAUAUACGCGAUCCAAGAACUUGGACACCGAUAAUUCCUCCACUCACUCCAUCACAACCUUAGAAAACAGAAUCCAUGAAGUAGGAUUUUUGUUUUCCAGCUAUCAAAAAAUUAUUGCUUUAUAUUGUUCCUUGUUACACAGAUUGUGACUCAAAAUAUGAGUCUAUGAUGUACAGCAGGAAUUACAUAUAAAUAUUGUAAUGUAUUUGUGUCAAAUUACUACAGUCAAUAUAGCUCAUAGCCUCAUACAUUCAUUGAUUCACAACCUUUUAGCAAAGUGAUACCAAGGAAAAGAAAAGCAAUAUAUUAUGGCACUGAA